AUGACAAAUCCCCAAAUCCCCUGUUAUCAAGUUAGCACCAGCUAUCAGCCCUCCUUCGCUCAGCAGCAGCACCCUCCCCUCCCCCCGCCAUCCCUAUCUAAGGUUACUGCCCUUCACAAUUCCAGACCCGAGCUCCGUUCUGGCGCCCUAAACACUCCGACUAAUUCUAUUUCGGACUGGUCCAGAUGGGAGGAGGUAACAUCGCCACAUGUACAAAUAACAGAAGCCAUUGCUGCACAUGCUUCUCAUGGUUUGUCUCACCAUGGUUCUUCAACAUCAGCGAACCCUGAGACCAGUUCAACAAGCUACAUAGAUUACGAUGAUUCGAAAAUUAAUAAAGAGCUUAACCUGAAAAAAGGAGUUAGAACCUUGGACUAUAUCUUAGGGAAGGCGAGCCACCAGAGCAGAGGAGCUGAGAAGCAUUAG